GCCAGCUGUCCGAGAGGAAGGACCUGCUCAGCGGCUCUGCGGGCUGAAGAUGGCGGACGAAGAGACGAGUCUCGGAACGGCCUUUUCAGGCGCCUCCGAUAUGGAAGAACCUGCCGCGAAAAGGUCGAAAAUCAGUCCGGUAACUAACUCUGGAUUCAAAGCCGCUAAAGCAGACCAAUUCUCAUGCGUCUCCGGGGCUACGGAGAGCUGGGAGGCGGCGGUGAAUUGUGCGCAGCAGCCAGCGGAGAAGGAAGCAAAGCCGGUGAUGGCGGUGGAGCUGCAGGCCCCAGCAGCGCAAGGCGGAGACAACAAUGGACUGGGACUGCUGGUCUCCGAGCCGCACAAACCACUAAUGCAACUAGACGACAGCGCUGUGCUUGGGACAACUGAAGAGGCUGCUGAUUUCCUUGGAAGUGAUGAACUCCCCUCCAACGGUCUGGCUGUCACACCCGACCACGUCAACGAGGACGACGACAGAUCGUCACAUGCUAGCUCCAGCGACUGGACGCCUCAACCGCAAAUAGGUUCCUACAGUUUCAUCCAGCAGCACAUCAGAGAGACCGACCCCAGGACCAUUUUGAGGGACCUGCUGCCUGAGACUGUCCUCCCACCAGAUUUAGACGACAUGACAUUGUGGCAGAUCAUCAUCAACAUCUCCGAACCUCCAAAAAGGAAGAAGCGGAAGGAUAUUAACACCUUGGAGGAUGUGGUCAGGCUACUCCAUGAAAGUAAAAGGAUCCUCGUACUGACUGGUGCCGGGGUGUCAGUUUCAUGUGGAAUACCAGACUUUCGGUCAAGAGAUGGAAUUUAUGCACGCCUCGCUGUAGAUUUUCCUGAUCUCCCAGACCCUCAAGCCAUGUUUGACAUUGAAUACUUCAGACGGGACCCAAGACCCUUUUUCAAGUUCGCUAAGGAGAUCUACCCUGGUCAGUUCCAGCCUUCGCCCUGUCAUAAAUUCAUAUCUAUGCUGGAUAAGCAGGGCAAGCUGCUGCGCAAUUACACACAAAACAUUGAUACAUUAGAACAAGUGGCUGGAGUUCAGCGGAUUAUCCAGUGUCAUGGGUCGUUUGCAACUGCUUCCUGUCUCGUCUGUAAACACACAAUGGGAUGUGAAGCUAUAAGGGAAGACAUCUUUAACCAGGUUGUCCCUCGUUGUCGAAGAUGUCCAGAUAUUCCCCUGGCAAUCAUGAAGCCUGACAUCGUCUUCUUUGGAGAGAAUCUUCCAGAAAUGUUCCACAGAGCCAUGAAGCAGGAUAAAGACGAGGUGGACCUCUUGAUUGUCAUUGGCUCUUCACUGAAAGUCCGACCAGUUGCCCUCAUCCCAAACUCCAUUCCUCAUGAAGUGCCUCAGGUCCUGAUCAAUAGGGAGCAGCUGCCUCACCUCAACUUUGACGUGGAGCUACUUGGCGACUGCGACGUCAUCGUCAACGAGCUGUGCCAUCGGUUGGGCGGAGACUUUGAGCAGCUCUGCUACAACACUGUAAGACUCACUGAGACCACAGAGAAACCCCCACGGUUACCAGAACAGCCACCAAGUGAGGCCUUGGCUGCUUCCAGCGACGCGGCUCAGGAGGAGCAGGAGCAGCACAGUACAGACUCACUAACGAAGCCUUCAGAGGAGACGGGAAGUCCGAAUGUCACAGACAGUGCUGGUAGUAAUGUCACACCUCCAGAGCCUUGUCCAAACGCUCCGUGUCCCGGCGAAGAGACGGCAGAGCCUUCGGCAUUACCGGCAGAAGACGCACCGAAAGAGGAGGCCGCUGAAGUAAAGAGCCAGACCUCCAACCUUGAAUUUCAUAGACGAUGCUGGAUGAGUCGAAUUAACAGAAGUCCAAUCAGCAAGCGCCUUGAGACAGGCCAGUACCUGUUUCAAGCACCAAAUCACUAUAUCUUCCACGGAGCCGAGGUUUACUCCGACUCUGAGGACGAGACGUCGAGCUCCUGCGGGAGCGACAGUGACGAGUCUGAAUGCAGCGCAGACGGCGUGGAGGAGGACAGCGAGCCGGAGCAAGCCAACACACUAGCAGCAGACGAAGAGACACACCUCAGAGACACGACACAACACACUUUAUCAUCCAACGAGGCCACGUCCAGUGUGCAGACAGACAAUACUUCUGAAAAGACUCAGAGCACCACACACCUUUAAAUGUAAAGUACCCAGUCGACAAAGCACUAAUUGUCUUUUUAUAUAUAUAUCUAUAUCUAUAUAUAGAUGUAUAUAUAUGUUUCGUAUAUUUUUGACUCAUCAACCUUACUUUUAUUUUUCAUAAAGUUGAAAUCGCGUGACAACUUUGUGUGAAUAUGCAGCAAGUUUGUAUUUUUCUUUCUUUUUUUUUUUUUUGUGCCCAGUUAGUUUGGUCACAUGCAUUGUGUCUGAAACCUCAUACUGUAUACUACUUACUAAAUAGAAUGCAGUAGUUGUUGUUGUUUUUUUUUUCUUUCUAGAAUUUCUUUCCAUGUGCUCAUCUCAUUUUCAGUCACAUUAUAAAGAAAUUCUUCUGCUACAUCCACUGCAGCGUACCGUGAAUGCAACACUGGAUUAAGCUUUUAUUCCUUAAUUGCAUUUAGACUUCAAAUCUUUCCGUCUAUAGUGUGAAGUCAGCUGUGGUCUAAUGAUGUGUUUGAGAUUUGGUUUGUUGCCAUUGGGAAACAUGUAAAUAUGUAAACCUACUGCCUGCUAAAUAGUGGAUACUAUGAGUUUCAGACACAUACAUAAAUCUUCAGAUGGUUUACUUGAAUACAUUGUCUAACUUGCAAUAUAAAAGUUCAGCUCUGCUCUUUUCUUGAGGGUGAAUGCUAGAAAACAAUGAACAGUACUCUUUAAUUUUAGACCAAAGAACACUUUAUCAACACGCUCCUAUGUUGUCAUAAGCUUUGUAUGUUUAACCUGUCAUUUAAGUCUUGGAAAGAAAUAUAACUAUUGAAAAGGUGUUCCUUCUGACAUGUGGCAGCUACUUUUUAUGGUCAAGCCUCUUAUUUUUAUACUCUGAUGUGAGACAUACUCAUCAAAGAGUAGAUGAUAGUUUAUAUCUGUACUAAGUUGUAAUAUUAAGCCUUAGGAAUAUAUUCAAUGAGUUCACAUUGAAAAAUGGCACUUUUUUCCUUCUUAUAAAAGCGGUUUUGUUGCCAGAGUCACUUUUCAUAGAAUAUAAAGUUAAAACAGUUUUAAUUAUACAGAGGAGUCUGCUGCCUGUAAAGAUAAGAGAUAUUUGAGCCAGUGUGUUGGAUAAAGGUCUUCACCAAUAUAAUUCACAUACCAUUUACAAGGUAAUGUUUUGUUUACGGUUUAAGGAAAUACGAUUUUUUUUACAUCCUUCUAGUUGUUCUCUCUUCUGGGGUUCUCAGUAAAAAAAUGAAUGAAAAACACUGACAA